AAUUCAGAAUAUUUAUUUUAAAUCGGAGAGAAUGCAAUAAAUUAAUAAAGUGUACAUUUAGUGUGUGAAUUUAUUGUGCAAAAGAUUUUCCCCUUUCGUUUGAAAUAUUAUUGUCUAGUUAAAGCUUUAUAUAAAGGUCUUUCAUCUGCUGCUGAGUUUAUAAGGUAGAUUGGUUGUUGUUGUUUUUUUUGUUUUUUUUUGUAUUUUUUAGAUGAGCUAAAUAUUUCUAUUUUGGCAAAUUUUUCCUAUAUAAAUCAGUACAAGAUGUAGGGAUCACUGAGAUCUUCUGAUUUCUCAAAACAGAUUACUGCGAAUCAAAUAUUCACUUUUGUUUACACCAUGGUUUUCAAAUUUUCUUUGUACAUAAAUAAACACCCCAAUUUCUCCCUAAUCUGCCCUCCUCUGCAUACAUGAGCUCACAGAUGCCAUCCCUUCAACCCAGAAAGCAAGGCCAAUUUUGCUCCCCAGAGUACAGUCAUCAGUGGCUGUAGCAAUGUCAGAAUUCCAUCUUGUGAAAUUAAUGUAGUCCCCCUUUACACUGGGCAACAUGCCCACUUUUCCCCUGUUGCCAAGAAAAUAUACAGUAUUGAAAAUUUUCCAUAUUAAACACAAGGAAAUCCUGGCAUGUUCGAGACACUCAUCCAUAUGUUGUCUUGGCCCAACCCUUCCCUGGUUAAUCAGUGUGCACACUGCAGCUAAAAGGUCCACAGUCUUCAUCACAGCCACCUUUAUGUUUCGCCUGGAGGCUGAAAAGAACAUGAAAAAACUCAUGGAAAAGCGGGUGAAAUGACUAGAGAGCAAACAGUUGGUGAUAGAGGUGUUAUUAUUCUCUGACGUGGUUUCCCCCUAUCUGAAUGCACCUUAUCAACCAUGAUCGUCACAAAAAAGCACCAAAGUCUUAUUGUACAUUCAUCACAUGAGUUCCAAGUCUCAGUUUUCAGUGUUAUAUUGCAUUCUAGUUUCCAUGUUGUUCUGGUCUACACCCAUGACUGCAUGUUACAUCUCCUUGUGCAUACAAACCUGUGGAGUUUACAUUCUUUACAAUGAUCACUGAGCUGAGGAUUAGAUAUAAUAAGGUAUUUCUCUCAGAUCUAAAGUCAUGGCCUAGGUAAUUAUUACAUGGUAAAUUAUAUGUUAAUUCCUUUAUAAAAGUAAAAAGAAUUAACCUAAUUUGAAUAAGACCUUUGGGCUGGUUGUUUUUUUUUUCCCCCCAACAAGCCCAAAGGUCUUAUUCUUAUUCUUUUUUUUUUUUUCUUCCAUGCUCCACCAGGAAUUAAAUUUACGCACUGCUAUUGGCCAAGAUAAACUAUAAAUUUAGAUGUUCUUCCUUUGGCUAACUUCAUAAUGGUCCAGAGGAAGGUAUGUUGGAUAUUUGUUAUGAAUACAAAUGUUUAGAACUUCAUGGAUGGUAAGCACUGUAAUGUGAUCCGCACUAUAAGUUUAUAUGAACACCAUACCAGUCAAGGUCACUACAUAAUUAUGUAUUUCUGGUGAUUUAGUAUUAGUUUAUCUUUCUGACGUUAUGCUAAACAUAUGGUAAUGCUAUAGAACUUUAUAUUCUCAGAUCUGGAAGGCAUUUUGGGAGCUGCAGAUGGACAAUAUCAUCGAUUUGGAUAUAUUGGAGGAGCCUUCACUUUGUUUCAGUUCCCUUAAUACAUCAUGUUUGAAGACUGAUUAUCCUCUGGAAGUUCGGGUUUUGCUCUACAUCCUCUUUAGCACUUCUUCUCUUAUUACUGUGAUCGGAAACCUGCUUGUGAUCAUAACUGUUGUACAUUUCAGACAAUUACGCACAUCAACUAAUUACCUCAUUCUCUCUCUGGCUGUUGCUGAUCUGCUUGUAGGAGGAAUGGUGAUGCCUCCUAGCAUGAUACGCUCUGUGGAAACUUGCUGGUAUUUAGGAAGCACCUUUUGUAAAAUACACAGCAGUUUGGAUGUCACCGUGUGCACUGCGUCCAUUUUAAACCUGUGUAUUAUUUCUUUAGAUCGAUAUUACGCUGUAUGUCAUCCAUUUCUGUAUUACAGUAAAAUGACUCCGACUACCAUUAGAUUCAUGAUCAUAGUGUGUUGGAGCAUUUCUGUUUCUGUUGGGUUCGGGAUGAUAUUUCUGGAACUUAAUAUUCUUGGAAAUGAAGAGUUUUAUUACAAUAACUUUGUGUGUGAAGGUGCCUGCAUGGUGUUCCAAGCCAAAGUAGGAGCUGUGGUAUUUUCUAUGCUUUGUUUUUACAUCCCUGCAGUAAUCAUGCUAUGUGUGUAUAUGAAAAUCCUCCACACUGCACAAAGACAAGCUCGUGCAAUUCAAUCCACGAAUGCACAGAUGAAGACAGCCGAGGAAAAAGCCGGUAUGAGCAAGUCAGAAAGGAAGGCCACAAAAACUUUAGCCAUAAUCGUGGGAGUUUUUCUGACCUCCUGGGUGCCGUUUUUUAUCUGCAACUGCUUAGAUCCAUUUACAGGAUAUUCAGUUCCUCCGAUUCUGUUUGAUGUUUUCCUUUGGGUCGGGUAUUUCAAUUCAACAUGUAAUCCGAUAGUGUAUGCCUUUUUCUACAGCUGGUUCAGACAUGCUUUCAGAGUCAUUCUUUCUGGGGGAAUAUUUCAAGUCAAUUCGUCACACUCUCGAUUGUUUUGAUUGCUUAUUCCAAACUGAAUAUGCUUGGUUCAAAUUCUAGCAAAGUUUUUAGGUGAAAUGAAAGUGUUUAAAAAGGACUGUUUGUAAAUCUGAGUCACCAAAGUGAUUAGUUUUAAAUUAAUACUGUAGUUGUUUCAUUCCCUCCCUCUAUUUUCACAAUUA